AUGCAAUUUGGUCGUCAGAAGAGCAACUUCGAGGACAUGUUCGAGUUCUCGCCUGAAAACACCAGCUACUUUGUGCAACAUCUCCACGUUCAUCAAUCCAAUGACUCAAAAGGACAGAAGCCAAGAAGUCAGAAGAAAUUUAGCGAGCCCACAGCUAAAGGACAUCAUCAGAAGACUUCGCGGCGUCUGCAUCAACUAGUUGCUUCGGCAACAAAACUACAAUACCAGCAAUCGUCGGCGACAACUUCAAUCAUCGACGAGAAGCUGGGAAAGAAGCAAUAG